UAAUUUUUCCCAACCAUGAUGCUUUCCAUAUGAAGCUUCAUUUCUUGUCUGAAUCCCACAUCCCUGAACAAAUUCUCUCUGUCAAUGCAAAAUGUAUUUACUUACUCAUCAAUUAAAGCAACUCCACCACACCUUAUCUUCCCAUUUGUAAUAACAUGAUCUAAAUAUAUGUUUAAAAUAUGUUUAACUAUUUCCUGGAUGCUGGAGGAUUGUACGUGCUUUAAGGCAAAUAGCAUUAGAGGUGGUUCUGUCUUUAGCACAUAAAUGGAAUUAAUAUAGCAGAUGCACGGUCCUGCACUGACUGCCAACAGUCUAAUAUUAGCUAAGCACAUUGCUGUUGUUAGAAUCAGUCACUAAGCUGGCUAAACUUAGUCCACUUUGUCCCAAGCCUCUUUCUUUUGCUCCACCGCUGAUUUGUGCUGGGUAAUGUGGUGUCUGGGGAGAGGUUGUGCUGCCUUUCACAGUGAUGAGUAAAUGACUCUGUCAGGAAUUUGCAGAAUAGAAAGAAAAUAACCCCGACCCUAAAAGGAAAGUCUGAGUACUAUCAAGAGGUGGGAAUCAGAACAAAAUGUACUUAUACUUCUAAAUCUCAUUCACAAUUGGCAACUCAUAAAUCACAUUCACAGCUGAUUUUCUUUGAGAAAAUGACUUAGAAAAGGUUGCUAAAUGUGCUAUGCUGCCCUCAUCUGGUCAACUUGAUUGGCCUUUUUUUGUAGAUCUUAAAGGAUAAAGGAAAACAUCCAAAGUACACACUCAAUCACUACCCCACCCUGUCAUGCCAAACAGACUUCCUUUUCCUCUGUAUUAUUUCCUCUCAAUUUUAUUUCUGCUUUGCUCCCAGAAGCUAGAAUCUUCCCCCCACAGGCAUGCCCUUUUCUACUCUUCCUGUGUUUCAUAUCAGACCUACCUCAGGGUCUUGUGUCUAAACAUAGAACCUUUUCAGUGACGGUUAAGGUUACUGUGACACUAUAGGUCCAAUCCGAUGCUUUAAAGCCAAAGAGGUGUCUUCGGAUAAGGGCUUGUCUGUGGGACAUUUGAUGGGAUUUCUUGGGAUUAUGAUGUUGGAGGUGUGUCAGCUCCAGCUGGCUGUUAUCAACAUGCCUGUUUGUUAACUCUUGAAAGCAGAUAACCGUCUAUAAUUCUCAGGAUCAAGCAGCUUUUGAAUGAAUGUCCAACCUUUAUUAUAAAAGCUUUACUCAGUUAUGACUGGGCUCUGCAAUGAGCUCUGCUACUUGAAACAAUGCUGAUCUUUAAUAAUGCAGGAGCAUUUAGUGAUUAUAAUUUGUUAAACUAAGCCUAAAUUGUCUGCAUGCCUUGUUAAAAGUUUGUAGAUUUUAUUUGGAAGUGUAGUAGCUAAGGCCUACAGUGAGGAAUCAUGUUAUUUUUUAUCUUGCUGAAUGCCACCACAUAAACUGUACUCAUGUCCAGGCUGUCCAUUUCCAAGUUUCAUCAGAAGAGGGCAGUCAGCAACCCCUCUGAACAAGAGGUGCUGUCACAUAACACAGGCCAACAAUCAUAUGCUUGAAGUGAAGGCUUGGCCCCACUCUAAUUUAAUAUAAGGGUUAAUCUGUUUACAUGCACAUUUGGACCCACGUAACUGUAACACUGAUGCUGUGAAUACACCUGUUAACAGGAUAUUCCCGUCCACAUAUGAGAUUCGACACUGUGAGCAGAAAGGCUGUGGUCACGGUUCAAACGGGACAUUACUAAACCAACAAUGCUAAAAAGUUAACCUAAUUUAUUUCCGUUAUAAUAUUGGAUUCAAUAUCAGACUUGCUUAAAUAAUCAUGUUAACAUGAUAAUUAAAUACCUACAGAUGAAGUUUGUGGAUAAUGAAAUAUAACUUAUGCAAGCACUUCCUCCUGAACAAAAUGUAUUAACUGUUCAUGCCUCAUAAUUAAGGACUGGGCAUUUUCAAACCAGGUGCUUACACUCACUUCCACAGCGUCUGUGCCAAUGCACAAUAACUUCAUCUUGUGUGCCAUUGUUUGUGCCCCAUAAAUGUUAGUUUGUUGUCCCAGCAGAUGGAUUUCCGUUCCAAAACAGACCCGAGACUCUGCCUUGCAUUAGGCAGACUCACUGGAAUUAUUCAGGCAGGGGGUCCUCAGCAGCAGAGAGCAGAUUUGGGAGCAACAGCUUCUAUGAUUCAGUCACAGGACUUUUUUUGGACAGUUAGAGGGGUUUGCCCUGACACAACAGACGGGCAGCAGAAAGCUGCAGAUGGGCAGAUUCUGAGAGAUCAGAGAGAAGUAAAAGAGAGAAGAAAGAGAAGCAGACCAACUCAAAAGACUGUAAGGGGAGCAAGUUUGGCCGCUGUCUGUUUCCUUCUCUUAAUCCUUAAAUCUUCUGUAAUCAGGAUGAGAGGAAGAGAGCACGUUGGCUGACUUAGGACAGCAGAGUCUAUGUUGGGACCUGGCUGAUGAGGCAACCUUACUGGGCACUAGUAGAAAUGGAGGGAGGGGGAAAUCUGGAGCUGCAGUCAGUUUUGGGAAACUUAACCUUAACCAGGUUCUACUAAGCGCCAGCGAGAAGCGUGGAAGUCCAGGAUGGUUUAAUUGUCAAGAGGAAGUAAGAAACCAGAGGAGAAAAAAAAAGAAGAGGACUAACUCAUGGCUGAACUGCUUUCAGAUAAGGGAUCUCUGCUGCAGGCCUGACACCCAGGUGUGACCAGAGUCAGCGGGGGUUCCAAUGGCUACUGCAAAUGACGACCCACACCUGGGCAGUGGCCCAUCUGACGACUCAGAGAUCCUCCUGGAUGACUCUGACUCGGGCAGUGUGCUUUCAGACGACUCCGUGCUUCCCAUCUAUGAAAGGGACGGAAAAUCAACAGAGCCGGCUAAAACAUUGUACGAGGCCUGUGCCAAGAAUGACACUGCAUCCCUGCGCAGCAUCAUGGAGAGAGGAGUCACAAAAGAUGAGGUCAUGGAGCUAGACAUCAAUGGCAGGAAUGGGCUGAUGCUGGCUGUGUCCAAGGGUUUUGUGGACAUCGUCGCCUUGCUUCACACAUGCCCAUUAAUAGACAUCAACCACCAAGACAAUGAUGGCAACACUGCUGUCAUGAUUGCAGCCCAAGCAGGCUUCAUCACCAUCCUGAACUAUAUCCUUAACUACUACCCUUGUGUGGACACUGAGAUCAGGGACCCCCGUGGGUUCACAGCUCUCAUCAAGGCAGGCCUACAAGGCAGAGAAGAGUGUGUCUCCGCAUUGCUAAUGCAUGGUGCAGAUGUCAAUGCAGUCGAUCUCGUCCAGGGGAAAGGUCUAAAGGACUGGGCCCUUAGGACAGGAAGGUUUGAGACUCUAAACAGACUGCGUCGCCUGCAAACUCGUCCUAUUGCAGAACAGUUCUGUGAAAGCUACAUUCCUGAGUGGCCUGAGCUAAAGCUACUGGUGGCAAAGGCCACUGCAGCCAAAACAGCAGGUCAGAAGCUGAGGCAGCGCUUAAAAGACAGUCUUAGUUUCAGCUUCCCACAUGACCCCCAAGACAAUGGGGUCAUGGACCACAUGGUGCGGAUGACUACAAGCAUCCACAGCCCCUUGAUAGCUACUGGUUGCCGUCCACUCUGUCCCACCAGCCCCCCAGAGAUUGGCAAGCGACGGUUUGCUGUACCGGAACUGCUUGACAAGCACAGCACCAAGGAACUGGAGGAGAGCAUGGUGUCUCACAGUAAUGGCUCCAUCACUUCAGCUUCACCUGUGUCGGCCACCUCUGUAUCACUGACCUCUUGCUGCCAAGACUCAGAGCGCAGGCAAAGCUCACCAACAGGUGGCAUGAAAAGCUUCAUCCCCCGCAGCAUGGCACACAGAAACAGCAUCUUCCCCUCAGGCUGCAUUCCCAAAAUUGAAGUUACAAAAUCUGGGGAGCGCACUCCAAAGAAGGAGAAAAAGAACAAAAGGCAAAAGGGUUACCUGGAACCUCCUGUCUGGAAGUACAAGGAAGCCAAGGAGGAAAAAAAGAGAGAGAAGAAAAAGCAAGAAAAGGAAAAAGAGGAACAGAAAAAAUCGAAGGGGUCCAAACGUUCAUGAAGUGAAAAUGCCCAUUUUUUGUUUCUAGCAAAACAGUUCUGAAGUGAGCAGCUGACAAGGGAAACACAUGGGUGAACCUUGAUCUGGAAAAUGCACUGGCUGGCUUUUUUCAGCAUCUUUGUACAAGCUGAAAAAUUAUGCUAACCAAAUAGAAUCUGGUUUUCCAGAGACUGUGGUUUACUGGUUUCCUGUCUGAAAGGGUGAAUUGUUUUUUUGAGGAUGCAAUUACACUGACUGCACACACCUGCGAUGGUGUUAUUUUUCUCUAUAAAAGGAUUUUACUCAUCUUCAUUUCAUGAACAACUUCUCAGUAGCGUGUCAUUGUGGUAUUUCACUGCAAUAUAACCAAAUAGCCCAUACUGUAUGUGAUCAGAUGCCUUCAGGGAAUGUAUCAAAGUCACAUUUAAUCAAAGACCGUGAAAGGCAAAAAAAAAACAAUUUAAGCUACAAAUUAAAGGAAAAAAUCACUGAGAAAUGCUCCAUCAUGGAAUAAUUAUGAUGACUCAGAACACUGAUUUCUAUCCCACCUUGCCUCUUAGACCUGAAAUAUACUCCCUUACAGACUUGUGCAUGGCAGCUGCAGAAACCAUGAACAAGUAGCUGCUCUUAUUAUUUUACUUUCUAUUCUGCUUGAAGGAAGAAUGCACAGUUUGUGCAGUAGCAGUAUUACAACAAACCAACUACUACAGAUGUUUUUUAGUUUGUGCCGUAUGGAAAGCACAAGUGUGUUAUCUAUGGUUCAGUUUCAUUAAGCGUCUCAGUGAGCCAUGACAAGGACCCUGCACGCGCUACAGCACAGCAUCCCCUGAGUGGAGGUUUAAUACACUAUUAAUGUCUCUGAAAAAGGUAUACUGGAGGCAUAUGUGAACAUCUGCAAGGACUCUCCCUGAUAAUCAAAGCAGUCACUGCACCCUUGCAGAUUCCAAAAGUAUCAAAUGUGUACAGAGACAAGUAACCCCAAGCCAUACCUGCAAAAUUCAGGUUUUCCUUUAAUUUGUCAUCUUUUCUGUGAUUCUUUUGCUCUUUUUUGUGUUUUGCUGUGUCACGCAAAUGAUGUGAGUGUGAUACUAUAAAAGGAACAGAGCCAUCUCUGAAGCAUCUUCUUUCAUACUGGAAAACAAUGCUCAGUGGGAUGCAAAUAGAAAUCUUCAGCCUGCUGCUUCAUAUUGUUUGUUUCAUCGAUUAUUAUUUGAAAACGAGUACUGUUGCUAUUCAGGGAAAUAUACAAUAAGCAUAUUAUUAUCAUCAGAAUAACAAACUGCAUAUUCAAGAACAGAAACCUGUUGUGGACUAUAGCUUAAUUUUGGGAUUUUUUAAAUUAUUCUCUUUAUAGAUAAAUGAACUAAAAUAAUAAAUAAUAAAUCAUGCAUUUAACUGCAAUAAAUAUCCCAAAUACAGCUAAAUAUGUUUAAUUGUGUUCUCUGAAAACUAUAUAUAAUUAGAUACAUUGUGGUGAAAAUUUAGACAAUCAUUUCUGGGGUCAUUUAAAGUCAAAACAAGAGAUGCAAAAAGCUCAGGUCUUCAACAUCUUUAUAAAGUAAAACUGAAACUGUGUCUGCGUGCGUGUGUGUGUGUGUGUGUGUG